AUGCCGCACCACAACAUCGUUUGCGAGUGGCUGCGUACCAUUGGCCUGGCCCAGUAUGGCGAGAGCUUCCUCGAGAAUGGCUACGAUGAGCUCGAGAUUUGCAAGCAAAUUGGCGAAAUCGAUCUGGAUGCCAUUGGCGUGGACAAUCCCUCGCAUCGUGGUAAGCUGCUGAAGAGCGUGCGUACGCUGCGGGAGAAGGGAGCCGCCAUUGUCUAUGUGCUCAUCAAUGAUCCGAAGGCGAUGCAGGCAGCAGCAGAUUCUUGCCUCAGUUGUGAUACGCCCGUUACGAUGAAGGAGCUGGAGGCGGUCAUGAAGCGACAUCUCGAGGCGGAUGGCAUACGCCUGGCCCAUCCAUUCCACGCCGACCCAGAUGCGAAUGCGAUGAGUGAGCUUGAGGAGGAGAAGGAGGAGGAGGAUGAGGAUGAGGAGGGUACAGCCAACACUUGCCAAAGUGCCAAUGUGGUAAAGUGGCAAAGUGUGCAGUUUGAUGAUGAGGCACGCAGCAAAGAGGGAAAGCGGGGAUAUUUGGAAGGACUGGCCGCUCACUACAGCAAACAGAUCAAUAUGCCCUAUGAGGAUGUGCUGGAUGCCAUUGAGCAAGUGCGUCUGUCCAAGUGGAAGGAGCGUCAUGUGCGCAUCUCGACAGGACACACGCUAACUCGUCGCAGCGGUGGGGCAAGUGGUGCAAGUAGUGGAAGUGGGAGUGGGAGUGGAAGUGGUGCUGGUGGUGGUGGUGGCGGUGGUGGCAGCAGACUCGUUGGCUCGUCGGUGCUGCCCACGAGCCACAGUCAACCGCUUUAUGUGCCUGGCAAGUAUUUGCCAUCGAGCUGCCUGUCAAAUCGGGAGGAGAACGAGAUCUACAGCUAUACACAGAAUGAUUUGGCCAAUCGCAUGGCCCGCAAUGCCAUCGACUCAAAGUCGGCCCUCAAUCUGAAUGGCAUGCAACACAGUUAUCCCGGCGCGCGCACCAAUUUCUUUUACGACUUUUCGGCAACAGAGGGCCGCAACAAACACAAACAACGACGCACGGUCUUUGCACGCUUCCUGCAGGGACUGAGGCAAAGUGGAGACGAGCUGAAUGCCACCGAGGGAAUGCAGCUAAAGACCAACGAACGCUUGAGAAGCUGCGGCACCAUGAAACGCCCGGAGCCGCCACAGGACUUUGAGAAGACCAUACAGCGACUAAAGACCCAAAAGGCUGCCCAGAAGAAACCGGCAAGUGCUCCGAGGGACAUAGCUCUGCAUGAGAGGAACAAGGAGGUGGCCCACAGUCUGGCCAACGAAAUGCCGUUAAACAACUAUACGAAGCAUCCCUAGGAUACGGCCAUCAGCAUAGAUGCUGCAUAAGAUUAACACAUUUAAGAAUCAUGAGAGUUAAGUUACGAUAUAUGA